CAUUGGUCUGGCUCGAAACAUGAUAACAGAAAAGCCUUCCUCCGCUCCGCGUUGUCGGCCUGUCCUCAACGCCGAUCACUUGAAACUCAAAUAAGCAGUCGUAAAGAGGAAAAAGGAUCGCACAGUAUCCUAUCAGCGGGUGCUCAGAGGGAAUAACAAGAGAGCUUUAUACCACACACACCCUUGUAUGUGCUCUUGUGCAUCGUAGAUCUUAGAAAGUGCUAGUGUUCAACUACAGUGAAAGUUAACAUGUAUAUGCACGCUUUGAUACGCGCAAGCCUUGGAUUUGUAGUUUUCUGCCUGGUCGCCUUUGUCCAACAGUCAGCUUCAGGAAGUAAAACCACGCAAGAUGUGGACGAGUGUGCAGAGGCGCUUGACAACUGCAGCAUCGAUGCCAUCUGCCAGAACACCCUGAAGUCAUACAAAUGUCUCUGCAAGUCAGGCUAUAAAGGGGAUGGCAAACAUUGUGAAGAUGUCGACGAGUGUGCAACUGAAUACAACGGUGGCUGUGUCCAUGAGUGCAUCAACAUCCCGGGAAAUUACAGGUGCACAUGCUAUGAUGGCUUCCGCUUGGCACAUGAUGGGCACAAUUGUCUAGAUGUGGAUGAGUGCUCAGAAGGCAACGGCGGAUGCCAACAGAUUUGUGUCAACAUGAUGGGCAGCUACGAGUGCCGCUGCAGAGAAGGAUUCCUCCUGAGUGACAACCAGCACACCUGUAUCCAAAGGCCUAAAGUGCAACCAGACGGCUCAAAGGAGGGACCCACCUGCAUGGACAAGAAUCACGGCUGCGCACACAUCUGUAGGGAAACGCAGAAGGGUGCCAUCUCCUGUGAGUGUCGACCUGGAUUCCAGCUCACCCGUAACAUGAAGGACUGCAAAUUGACGUGUAACUACGGUAAUGGGGGUUGCCAGCACAUCUGCGAGGAGACAGACCACGGCCCCAAAUGUUCGUGCCACAUGAAGUUCGUCCUGCACAGCGAUGGAAAGACUUGUGUAGGGGAGAGGAGUGUCCAGUCCCAGGCAGCCCCACAGCUGUUCCCCAAUGAGACCUGUGCAGUGAACAAUGGCGGCUGUGAUAGCACAUGUCAUGAUUCAGUGACAGGAGUCCGCUGCAGCUGUCCUGUUGGCUUCAAUCUUCAGCCAGACCGCAAGACCUGCAAAGACAUUGAUGAAUGCCGUCUUAACAAUGGGGGGUGUGAUCACGUGUGUCGAAACACAGUGGGCAGCUUUGAGUGCAGCUGCAAGAAAGGCUACAAGCUACUGACCAAUGAGAGAACUUGUCAAGACAUUGAUGAGUGCUCUUUUGACCGGGCCUGUGACCACUUUUGUGUCAACUCUGCCGGCAGUUUCCAGUGCCUCUGUCAUAAAGGCUACGUCCUCUACGGCCUGGCACACUGUGGAGAUAUUGAUGAAUGUAGUAUAAAUCGUGGGGGUUGUAAAUACGGCUGCAUCAACACUCUGGGGAGCUACGAGUGUACCUGUCCACCAGGGUACAAGCUGCACUGGAACAGGAAAGACUGUGUUGAGCUGGUGAAAUGUCCUCCUGGACUGGUAGCACCAAAGGCCACUCUGACCUGUAGCAAGACGGGCAAGAAAGAGAGCUGCUCUCUUACCUGUGCCUCUAAGGCUCACUAUCUGGCAGAGUCUGACAGCAGCUACUCAGUCAGCUGUGGUAUCCCCAUCCUCAGAGGGAAGUCCCCUGCCAGGCUCAACUCCAGCAGUAGUCAGAGCUGCAUAGAGACUUUGGCCCCUCCAGUGAAGCAGACGGCUUCUUUCAAGAUUAAAAACGCCAAAUGUCACCUGCAUCCGAAGCUGACCGGCAGGACGGAGGACAGAGGACGGACACUUGGACCAGGAGGCGGGCAGCCAUGCAGCAACUGCCUGGUGACAUUUGUCAACCUCAAAUGUGACUCCUCUAAGAAAGCUAAAGGGCGACGUGCUCGCAACCCCUCUAACAAAGAGGUAACACGCAUUACUUUGGAGCUGGAAGCUGAGGUCAAACCUGGAGACACCACAGGGAGUUGCAAUCUCAGCUGCCUGAGACAGCGCAUGGAGAAGCAGGUCAAGACAUAUAUCAAGGCUCUGAAGAAGUCCAUCAACCAGGAGCGCUUCCUGAUCCGAGUUGCUGGUUUGGAAUACGAGGUGGCCCAAAAACUUCCCCAGACUUCUCCCAAUCAGGAGAACUGUGGCCCCGGCUGGGAGAGGGACAGUGGCCGAUGUGUCAGAUGCUUGUCGGGGUCUUACUACCAUGGUGAGCAGGAGCGCUGUGUCCAGUGUCCACCUGGCACUUUCCAGGAGAAGGAGGGACAGCUGGCCUGUGACCUCUGCCCCGGCAGUGACGGCCACGGGCCUGUCGGGGCACGAAACAUCUCCUCCUGUGCAGGCCAGUGUCCAACGGGGUACUUCUCCAGCGAUGGGUUCAAGCCUUGUCAGCCAUGCCCUCAGGGUGCCUACCAACCAGAUUUGGGACGGACCCUGUGCUUCCCCUGUGGGGGAGGACUGGGCACCAAGCGGGAGGGUGCCAGCUCCUUCCAUGAUUGUGAAGUCAAAGUUCAGUGUUCUCCGGGUCAUUACUACAACACCACAGUACACCGGUGUAUCCGCUGCCCAGUGGGGACGUAUCAGACAGAGUUCAGGCAGAACUACUGUAUUUCCUGUCCUGGCAACACUACCACUGAUUUUGAUGGUGCUACAAGUGUCUCGCAGUGCAAGAACAGGCAAUGUGGUGGUGAGAUGGGCGAAUUCAUGGGUUACAUUGAGUCACCUAACUAUCCUGGUAAUUACCCUGCUAAUGUGGAGUGUAUUUGGAACAUCAACCCACCCAGCAAGCGCAAGAUCCUAAUCGUAGUGCCGGAGAUUUUCCUGCCCUCAGAGGAUGAGUGUGGAGAUGUGCUGGUUAUGAGGAAGAACUGGUCAGCUACAUCAAUCACCACCUACGAGACAUGUCAGACAUAUGAGCGGCCUAUCGCCUUCACAGCUCGCUCCAGACGUCUCUGGAUUAACUUCAAGUCCAAUGAGGCCAACAGCGCCAGGGGCUUUCAGAUCCCCUAUGUUACUUAUGAUGAGGACUAUGAACAGCUUGUAGAGGACAUAGUGCGAGAUGGAAGACUCUAUGCCUCAGAAAACCAUCAAGAAAUCCUCAAGGAUAAAAAACUGAUUAAGACUCUUUUUGAUGUGCUUGCUCACCCAAACAACUACUUUAAGUACACCACUCGGGAGUCCAAUGAGAUGCUUCCUCGCUCCUUCAUACGUCUCAUAAGCAGCAAAGUCUCCGCUUUCCUGCGACCUUACAAGUAAAAGGAGACACAGCUGCUGAAGCACCAGAUCAUGACCCCCCCCCCCGACAUCCCCCUCCACCUUACAGGCCACAUCCCGCAACUCUCACAGGACUUAACAUAAACAUACUAGUAUGUUUACCCUCUCUUAAUUUCCAUAGGCUUUGACAAUAAACACCAUGCAGACCUGAGAAAUACUGAAAAUCAUUUGUUUUAGGUUUUUGUGUCAGUUUCCAUUCAGCACAGGUCUGCAAUCCCGAGCUCAAGCAUUUAGUGGGGAUGUAGAGUAUGUGAGUGGGUUUGGUUUCUAUUGUGUUGUGCAAUGAAGCCACAGAAAACAAUAGAAACGCCUAUUUCAGACAGUAGGAGUUACGUUUUGUGUGUGUGGUUUGAGCUUGUUAUUGUAUUUGCUUAAAUGAGCGGUUUGAGUUCCAGCUCCAACUCCUACCAUUAAGUAUGACUGUAAGUGUUAUAAGUGUUGUGUAACCCUGGUUCCAUCUUCAGUGUCUGUGUUGCUGUCCUCGAGGAGGAGCAGUUAAAUUCAUUUCACAGCUGCGUUCCACGUCAUUCAAAGCCUUACUAUGUUUGAGCUCUUAGAGCAGUUUCCAAGGGUUUUACUGUUAAAACAGUUAAUCUAUGUUUUGCUCCGUCUGUCUAGACUGUACCGGCGUUUUCCAACCUUUUUUUUUUUUUAAAGCCAACUUAAACCACCUUUUUUAUAUUUGCUUUAUCAUUCCAGGAACAUAGUGGACAUUUGGGAGAUGAAUAACUAAUUGUGAGAGCCACAGAAAUGAGAAUGUGAUGUGUCUAAUGGAAAAAUGUCAGAGAGAGAUAGAGAGAAAUGUCUUUGAGGGACAUUAUGUUUGCUGCUUCUUUUAAAAAGGUCACUUUAAUGCUUCAAUCUCAUAUUGUCUUUCUGAUGUACUUUACACACUAAUAAGUCUAUAGGUUUAAAACAAAAAGGAAGCUCCACAUCUGAAAUACUUUAGUUCUUACACACAGUAAGUUAAUAAUCUCACAUUACCUGUCUGUGGACUACCAGUUUUAUAGUGUUUUUAUUUCAAUCUUGUAAAUAAUGAAAAUAAAUUAGACGAGGGUUGAAUUCUUUGAUCCUAAUUUUCUUACGCAGGACACCCAAAAUCACUUUCUGCCCUUGAUGUCCCACCUGUCUCAAAUCCAAAGACACCCCGUCCACCACCCCACUCACAUUUUUUGUUCUGUCCCAAUGAAGACAGCUCUUCCAAAGACCGCCCAAAAAAAAAAAAAAAAAGGCGGAUCACUUUGUUUUGUGCACUAAAUUUAGAACACGUCAUCCUACCUUUUGUAGUACAAAGUGCAAUGAAUGAAUGAAUAACACCUUCAUUUUGGUUACACCCUAUUGUGACCCAUCAAAGCUUGUGAAAUGUGUUUUAGGCUGCAGUCUUGUUGAGACUCUGUAUUAAAUAUUUGUCACUACAGGCAGAAGACGUUUCUUAGAAAUACAAAAAAAAUUUAAGUCUGUCAAAAAUGUAAUAAAAAUAGUAUUUGGUGUGUAGAAUGUAUUCUUUGUGAUUUCAAAACAGCAACCAAAACAGGGUAAAAUAAUUUAAGUUUAGUAAAAAUCUAAACUUCUCUUCAUGUUAGGAAAGGAAUAGUUGACAUUUUCGGAAAUACAUACAUUUUCGCUUUCUUGUUGAGUGUUAGAUGAGUGACAAAUUGAUAACUCAUAUCUUUACAGUAAAUAUUAAACUACAGCCAUCAGGCGGUUAUGUUAGCUUAGCACAUAAACUGGAAACAGCUAGUCUGGCUCUGUCCAAAGGUAACAAAAUCCACCUACCAGCACCUCACUAACAUGUUACAUCUCAUUUAAUGUUUAAUCACGUUGUGGUUUUAUGGGGCUGGGGUAAGUAUGUGUUGCACUGUUACAACUAUUUCUUGGCCAAGUGAAGUGACUUCCUGGAGUCUUCGCUUGUUGCCUGGCAACCUCAGUGAUGACAGGAAGAACUCGGCAAGAAAGUGAAUAAGUAUUUCCCAAAUUUAGGGACUAUUCCUGUAAAGUCAUUAUCACCACCACUGCAGUCAAAUUGGUACAAUUAUAAUCCCGACCCCUUAACCUGUAUAUUCAACCCUCUAGAGUAGACGCCUGCUCUCUGUUAGAUUGAAUUUUUUCAGUGAAUUUUUGUCCCCGCUCAUGUAAAUAAUAAAAAAAAAAAAAAAAAGAAUGGUACGCUUCAUAUCAUGUACCCAAACUAUAGGAUGACACAAAAGGGAUUUUGACCACACUGUCAACGUUGAGGGCGAUGCUGGGCCAAGCCAUGUCAGUUUAAAAUUCGUCUUUACACGUCUCACUAACUAAAGUCAUAGACUAUGUACAUCUGGUCUCCAAUAGCUCCAUGUACAUGUACUCACUCGGCCCUAAUUCCCCCCACCAGAAUCAGCUUCUUUCCUGCAACCUGAUAAGUUUGUUUGUUUUGGUUUUUUUUAAAUUGCCUUUUAACGAGAGUUUGCUAUGAUGUAUCAUAGAGUUGAUAAUGAUAUUUGCACUUGAAUUGUUAUUGCUCAUGUAAAGAAAUGUCUGGAUUUUGUAUUGUCUUUUUAAAUGAAUGGAAUUGGUGUUCUUAUUUACUUGUAGCUUGUUUGUUCAUGAAAUGCUCACUCACCGUUUAGUCUAUAGAGAUGAUACACAUCAAAAAAAAAUUGAAAAAGAACUAUGUACAGAGGUGAAUGAAACAAGUUUGUACUUGUUCCUGCCCAAAACACUUAUCGAAAUAAAUACUGUACUUCAGCUUCA